AUGCCAGGCUGUGCUGUUACGGGCUGUUUUUCCUACAACCGGGACACAAAGGGAACCGACGUAAUGUAUCACAGUUUCCCCCAUAAUGAAACAUUACAAAAACUAUGGUUGUCGAAAUGUUGUAGGAAAGACAGUGUAAAUGUUGCGCAUGCACGAAUAUGCUCUCGCCAUUUCGCAGAAACAGAUUACUUAAGGGAUUUACAGUCUGAAUUGCUUAAUUUGCCCCGAAAAAGAAUACUGAAGCCAGAUGCAGUUCCUUCGUGCAAUCUGCCGCGCAGUAGUGCGACUGUCAAUGUGUCACCCGCAACAGAAGACAGAACCAAACGGUAUAAGAAACGAGAACUACCUAAGAGAUCUCUGGAAACUCUGGAAAAGCUGUCACCAAAUAAGAAACUUCAUAAUAAGAGCACAUGUACAGAUGACAGAACACAGAUAAAGUUACUUUGA